AUGGGCGACUCUCUCAGCUCAAACGGUGGCAACACGUCAGUGCUGGGACUCAGUCAACUACAGCAGCGGUUGCGCUUGCGUGAGGGCGAGAACCGUAUGCUGAAGCAGCAACUAGAGGCACUGGAGGCCCGUCAAAAGCAAACGACUGACGAGAUUGUUCGGCUGAGCACGCGCAACGCGUUACUGGAAAGCGGUGAGGCGCAGCGGGAGCAGGCGCAACAGGAGCUAGCACAGUUGCAGAAACACCAGGUGGUGUUGCUUGAGCUUUUUGGCGAGAAAGAGGAACAGGUCGAGGAACUGCAGGCCGAAGUGAGCGAGCUCAAAGCGUUUUACCGCAAGCAGCUGGAUACAUUGGCGACGCACAACGAGCAGCAGCAAAAACAGCGAGCUGGUUAG